UACCACCACCAUGUUUCCUUCGAUCAGCUCCACCCGGUUUCUGCUCCUCUACCUCGUCCUCCUCUUCGUCCCCUCUCCGACGGUUGCCUUCACGUGGCAAGUUUGCAGCACAAGUGCCGGCAACUUUACUGCCAACAGCACGUAUGAGUCCAACCUCAACCUCCUCCUCUCCUCCCUCGUCUCCAACGGUUCCGUUCCUGGCUUCUUCACCGACACCGUCGGACGGAUACCCAACCAAGUUCAAGGCCUCGUCCUUUGUCGUGGCGAUACUAACGCCACCACGUGCGGUUCCUGCCUUAACAACGCCAAGUUGGAGAUCCUCCGGCUCUGUGCCUACAACAAGGAUGCCGUGGUUUGGGAUGAAGAGUGCCUCCUUCGCUUUUCCAACCGGCAGUUCCUCAGCACCUUAGACAACGACCCGACGGCUGCCUUGGCAAACUUGAACCAGGUAAACUACGAAGCGGAUCGGUUCAACAAGGUGGUGAACGAGUUGCUCGACAGCACGGCUGAUUGGGCGGCGUAUAACUCCACGAAGAGGUACGCGACCGGGCAAGCGUUCAACGUGACGCAGGCGGUUCCAAAUAUAUAUGGCCUGGCGCAAUGCACGCCGGACAUGUCGACGAGUGACUGCAGGCAGUGCUUGAAAGGGGUGUUACAGGGGCUCCCACAGGGCAGAAUGGGGGCUAGGAAUCAGGGAGUGAGGUGCAAUAUAAGGUUCGAAGUUACCCGCUUCUACGAAGGCACCCCCAUCAUAUGGCUCCUUUCACCAUUGACGAAUGCAACAACGCCUGCGGAGAACGCCACAGCUCCACCCUCUGCUCCAACAGCCCAUCCUGCCGUCGGUCCAACCGGGAAAGAAGGUGAAAAUAAAUUAUUUAGUAAAAUUCCCACAUGGAUAGGAAGAAACCACUCGUCAUUGAAGGUUCUUCGUCUGAGGUCAAACUUAUUAUAUGGUACUAUCCCUGAGAACAUAGGAGAUCUCACUUCUCUUCAGGUUUUGGAUCUUUCUUCCAACAAGUUCUUUGGUAGCCUACCAUCAUCUCUAGGAAAUUUCAAUGCCAUGGUUGAGGUACAAAAUGAUACCAGGCCAUUGCUCCAAGAUAACAACUAUACUUAUAUCGAGAGCAGCUUAUUAACAACGAAAGGAUCAAUGGUCGAUUACACAACCAUUCUCUCGCUGGUGACAAGUAUAGACUUGUCAAAUAAUCAUCUCUCUGGUGAAAUCCCAAAAGAAAUGACCAAGCUUCUCGGAUUGCGCUUUCUAAACUUGUCCAACAAUCAUUUGACGGGGAGGAUUCCAGAAAAGAUGGGUGACAUGAAACAGCUUGAAUCACUUGACUUAUCGGUGAACAAUCUCACAGGGGAGAUACCUUCAAGCUUUUCUGCUAUGAGUUUUCUGGCCCGUUUGAAUCUGUCUUAUAACAACUUAUCAGGAAAAAUACCCACGAGUAGUCAAUUGUCGACCUUUGACUCAUGGACAUAUGUGGGUAACAAAGACCUUUGCGGUACGCCACUGCCAGAUUGCCCUGUUUAUCAAACUCCACCUGAUGCCAGAGUUAAAGAUGAUGAGAAGCUCGACAAAUUAUUGGAGUACACCAGUAUUGUGGUUGGAUUUGUGGUUGGCUUUUGGCUGUUUAUUGGCACGCUCAUCAUGAAGCAGGCCAUCAGAUUCGCUUUCUUCCGAUGGAUCGACAAGGCCAGCGACUGGAUCUAUGUUCAGUUUGCAAUAUGGGAGAAAUGGCAAGACGGAUCAGCCUUGGAGAUAGUCGAUCCAGCCUUGGGUGGUCACUACCAACAAAGCGAGCUGUUAAGAUUCGUGCAAAUUGGGCUAUUAUGUGUUCAGGAAGAUCCUUCUGAUAGGCCAACUAUGUCAACGAUAGUGGUGAUGCUCAACAGUGAAACUGUCUCUCUCCGAGCUCCUUCACAACCUGCAUUUUAUAUGGGGAACGGUGACAAGGACGUAUUGGCAUAUUUGAAGCUACGAACCCCACAGCACGGGGUAACCACAUAUGUUUCCCGGAUCAGCUCCACCCAGUUUUUGCUCUUCUACCUCAUCCUCCUCUUCGGUCCCUCGCCCACCGUUGCCUUCACCUGGCAAGUCUGCAGCACAAGUGCCGUGAACUUUACUGCCAACAACAUGUAUGAGUCCAACCUCAACCUCCUCCUCUCCUCCCUCGUCUCCAAUGGUUUCGCUUCUGACUUCAUCACUGACACCAUUGGAUGGAUUCCCAUCCAAGUUCAAGGGAUUACCAAGUCGGGUACAAUUUCUUAA